CGCGACUCUUGGGACCAGUGGGACUAGUGGUUUGUGUCCCAACGCUACAGAAGGGGCCUGAACCGGAAGGCUCGGCAGGGAUCAGCUCAGCUCCGCUCCGCUCCGCUCCGCUCCAUUCCGCCGGCAACUCUGCCGGCUGCCUGGGGCCUUGAAGCCCAAUGUCCACCCAACCCUAGCUCCCGGGCCUCCAUCCAUCCUUCGAGGCCACAGGCCCUGGGAUCAGCUGUCCCCAAAUUCUAGAGGCUGGUUACCAUGGUGAAGCUAGCAGCCAAAUGCAUCCUGGCAGGAGACUCAGCUGUAGGCAAGACGGCCCUGGUACAAAUGUUCCGAAGUGAUGGGACCCAUUUCCAAAAGAACUAUACUCUGACAACAGGUGUGGAUUUGGUGGUGAAGACAGUGCCAGUUCUUGACACAAAUGACAGUGUGGAACUCUUCAUUUUUGACUCGGCGGGCAAGGAGCUGUUCUCUGAAAUGCUGGAUAAAUUGUGGGAGAGUCCCAACGUCCUGUGUCUCGUCUAUGAUGUGACCAAUGAGCAGUCCUUCAUCAGCUGCAACAAGUGGCUGGAGAAGGGUCGGGCCCCGACUCCGAAUACCUCCCUCCCAGGUGUUUUAGUGGGAACUAAGACAGACCUCUCUGGCCGACGAACAGUGGAUUCUUCUCAGGCCCAGGCAUGGGCUCUGGGCCAAGGCCUGGAAUUCUUUGAAACAUCUGUGAAGGAGAUGGACAAUUAUGAGGCCCCAUUUCACUGUCUGGCCAAACAGUUCCACCAGCUGUACCGGGAGAAGGUGGACAUGUUUCAUACCCUGGUGUGAAGGUAUGGUGGACUGUCCCACAGGUGGACUGCCAGGCUGUUGCUGGGCUGUUGGGAGCCCAGCAGACCUUCAUCUCUCCAGGAGACAGAAGAUGGAAUUGCCUGGUACUUCUCAGAUAUUACCACAGCUGUCAAUAAAAUGAGGAAAUGAA